CCUCCUCCUCUCUGAGCCGUGUCCUCUGCUGCGUCAGACACCUCCAUUCAUGAAAAGUGUGACGUGAGCAGGACCAGAGCGACACCGAAACGAUUCAUACCGCCCACCCACUCACAGCCCAGGUGCUGCAGGAGUCACCGGCAUGCCUGUCUUUUUUCCCCAUCUAUCCCUUUCUGGGUGUUUCUUCAUCGUUUUCAGCCAUCCUCUCUGGGGCUUUCUAACUGUCCUCCAUCCCUGCCUCAGAGCGGUGACAGGACCUUGAAUCUGAGCUGUGAGGAACCUUCUAAAGCCGUGUCUCUGUGAAGUGUGAUUUUCAGCAUCCAUAGAAACCUGUGCAUUAGGACGCAUCCCUCCCACUGUAACUGGGCUGCUUAUUCACAUGCACGACACCAUGGGCAGCUCCCCAGAGGUGCUUUCCUGGACCUCCUGCCCCAGUCUUUUGGUGGGGAAGCUGAAGGAGGAGCUUAAACUCACCGUGGUUGGGGACGCCAUGAAAAAAUCCAACUCUCCUAAUGUCCAACCCCAGCCUCCUCAGGCUCUGCCUGCUACUUUACCUCCUCAGAUUAUCACAGACCUCGCCCCACCAACAAACCUGCCCAUUCCCCUUCACACGCCCGGCCAGGAUGAGGACUCUGUAUUGGGGGGCAUCAGCCCAGGAAACACAGCCCUGAGCGUGGACUCGACACGGAGCGAAGGCGGACAUUUUGACAACAGCGUGCUCCAGCUGCAGGAGCAAGAGCAGGAGGAAGCAGGUUCACCAGCUUCCUGUGAGCACGGUGGGUGUGGGAGUGGCAUGGAUGAGCAAAUGGGGGAGGGGGACUGUCCUAUGGACCACAGCGGAGAGGGGAGACCAAGCCACCCGCGUCACCCUGACGACAUUAAGCUGCACUUCCAAAGAGCCGGGCCUGGGUCAGGAGGCUUCCUGGAGGGGCUGUUCGGCUGUCUUCGGCCCGUCUGGAACAUUAUUGGGAAAACUUACUCCACAGAAUACAAGCUUCAACAGCAAGACAUGUGGGAGGUCCCGUUUGAGGAGAUUUCAGAGCUACAGUGGCUGGGCAGCGGUGCACAGGGAGCCGUCUUCCUGGGCAAGUUUCGCUCUGAGGAAGUGGCCAUCAAGAAAGUGCGGGAGCAGAAAGAGACAGAUAUCAAACCCCUGCGAAAGCUCAAGCACCCCAACAUCAUCAGUUUCAAAGGGGUGUGCACCCAGGCGCCUUGUUACUGCAUCAUCAUGGAGUACUGCGCCCAGGGUCAGCUGUAUGAAGUGCUGAGGGCUGGGAGGAAGGUGACCCCCAGGCUGCUGGUGGACUGGGCCACGGGCAUCGCCGGUGGCAUGAACUACCUACACUUGCACAAGAUCAUCCACAGAGACCUCAAGUCUCCCAAUGUUUUGGUGACCCACAACGACACUGUGAAAAUUUCCGACUUUGGAACGUCUAAAGAGCUCAGCGAUAAAAGUACAAAGAUGUCAUUUGCGGGUACGGUGGCGUGGAUGGCCCCGGAAGUCAUAAGAAACGAGCCGGUGUCUGAAAAAGUAGACAUCUGGUCAUUUGGAGUUGUGUUAUGGGAACUGCUCACAGGAGAAAUACCCUACAAAGAUGUGGACUCGUCCGCCAUCAUUUGGGGUGUGGGCAGCAACAGCCUACACCUUCCUGUCCCUUCGACCUGCCCAGAUGGAUUUAAAAUCCUCAUGAAACAAACAUGGCAAGGCAAGCCCAGGAAUAGGCCUUCCUUUCGUCAGAUUCUCCUCCAUCUCGACAUUGCCUCUGCUGAUGUUUUAGGAACUCCUCAGGAGACCUACUUCAAAUCUCAGGCUGAGUGGAGAGAGGAGGUGAAGAAGCAUUUUGAGAAGAUCAAAAGUGAAGGCACUUGCAUCCACAGGCUGGACGAGGAGCUGAUCCGUCGCAGGAGGGAUGAACUCAGGCAUGCUCUGGACAUCCGAGAACACUAUGAGAGAAAACUGGAGAGAGCCAACAACCUCUACAUGGAGCUCAGUGCCAUCAUGCUGCAGCUGGAGGUCCGAGAGAAGGAACUGAUGAAGAGAGAACAGGCAGUGGAGAAGAAAUAUCCGGGGAGCUACAAACGUCACCUGGUCCGGCCCAUCGUCAGGUCCAACGCUGUUGAAAAGCUCAUCAAGAAAAAAGGAAGCAUCUCACACAAACCUGGGAUGCCGUCUACUAAAAGGCCGGACCUGCUGCGCUCUGACGGCAUUCCCAGCGUUGACCCUUUUCCCUCACCCUCACCUCUGUCGGCCAGCCCCAAAGUCUCCACGCCCCCCGGGAAGACCCGCUACAGAAGCAAACCUCGCCACCGCCGGGCCAACAGCAAAGGAAGCCACAACGAGUUCCCAGGCGCUUCGAAGCCUGUUGCCGGAGCCUCAGAAGACAUCCAGUCUUUGCAAGAACCGUUCCACCAUCACCAUCAUCAUCACCGCAACCACCCAUCAGCUGAGGGACAGUUUCUUCCCCUAAAAGGUCGCGAGGAGGCCGUUGUCAACUGUGCCAACAAUCUGCGCUACUUUGGCCCCGCUGCCCCCCUCCGCAGCCCUCAGACCGACCACCUGCAACGCCGCGUUUCUGACUCUAGCCCUGACCUCAUUUCCACAGCUGUGAAUGCAUCCAUCAGCUCCAACCCCAUACCAUGUGCUGGUGCUGGUUCACUAUGUCCCUGUUGCCAGGCUCACCCUCUGCCCGGCUGUUUGCACUGUCAGGAGACGCCUCCCACACUGCGCCAACCAGAAUUACCGCACUACUCGCUGCAUAGCACCCAAGAAAGCAACCAGUCUUCUCUGGGUCCACCCAAUAAAGAGGCAGCCUCAAAUGGAGAAGACACUAGUAAUGCUGCCCUGCAGGAGCAGGAUCACACCCAGUCCAAACACUUGCUGCCCUCUGCGCUGCCCCGCACCCUCAGACCACUCGGAAAGGGUGGUGAUGAGUCAUCUGAAGAGGAGGAGGGAGAGGUGGACAGUGAAGUGGAGUUUCCAAGGCGACAGAGGCCCCACCGCUGUAUGAGCAGCUUCCAGUCCUACUCCACCUUCAGCUCAGAGAACCUGUCGGUGUCUGACGGGGAGGAGGGGAACACAAGCGACCACUCGCACAGCGGACCCCUGGAGAGGCUGAGCGCCAGUCAGGAGGAGCACUUGGACGAGCUGCUGUCUCACACACCGGACAUCCCCAUCGACAUCUCCACCCAGUCUGACGGCCUCUCCGACAAGGAGUGCGCCGUCCGCAGGGUGAAGACCCAGAUCUCGCUGGGGAAACUGUGCUCUGACGAACACAGCUAUGAGAACCCGCUGCAGUUCGGGGAAUCGGACUGUGAUUCAUCAGAGGCAGAGUGCUCCGAUACCACCAUCAGAAACAACAAAGUCGGGGCUCCAUCCUCGUGGUGAAACUCUCUGCAGGGCUUUGAAUCUGUUUUUGUUUUUUGAUGGUUUUUUUGGGGGGUUUUGUUGCCUAGUGGCCAUCAUGUCUGGAUCAGAGGCCUCCACAGAAAACACAGCAAUAAGAGGACAACAUGGUGAACAAAACCCUAUAGCAAAGUCCCGCGUAAUCCCCUCCCAACCCCUCCUAACCUCAUCUCGACUAGCACUGCAUCCAGGGAUUCCCUUUUGAAUGAUAUAAUGUACAGUAGAUAGUUCUAACGUUCUUAAUUUAUUUUUGUCUUGAGUUUUGAAGAGAAAUUCAGGAUUCUCUGAUCCGAACAGAGAAAUAAGAAACUGACAUUUUGAAACUGAGUGUGUUUUUGUGAGAAACUACGUCUGGAUGAAGGUGCAGAAGAUAGGAGAGGAUGGAUGUGUAGAAGCACUGAUGCAUCUGAGCAUCACUACAGGCCUUCAUCUUGCUAGUCGCUCUGAGCAUCUUCGUGUUGGUAAUCCGUCAAAAGAAAAACAAAAAAUAAAGAAAAAUAAGCAAUCUCUUCGAUGUGAGUUUACAGCGCAGUGACCCGGUAUCCCACAUCCUUUCACUUUCUUCUUGUCACGACUGUGGCCGACACAGGGAACAAUGAGCUCAUGGAAACAGUGUCAACACCAGCAUGAACAACUCGCCUUGCAAAUUGCAACGGGAAACUCUAUAUGUGUCUCAUCAUCAGGAUCCCCGCAUAGCUAUUAGAGCAUGCUCGCAAGAUGCAAAGCAUUUUAGAAGGACUGGAUGAAGCAGACGAGCAGGCAACGGAGAGGACGACUCAUCUGAGAGCUCAAAACAAACAAAAUAAAGGACGCUCUCAUCCUUCUUUCUGAGACGGCAUCAGCAAUCAGACGUCAUGACAGGAGCUUUGGAAGAAGGUGUGUGUUGGUUCGCAUAAGCCCCCCUUCCUCAACCAUCAGACAUUGCAGUUUCAAGUCUCAUCUCAGGAUAGCUCGAGGACUGUGAAACUGGAUUGGACCAAUUUUUGUGUGAAAGAAUGUUUUUCGACUGGCACAUGUCAAUAUAAAGGACCAUCCAGGCAUUUAAAAACAAAAAAAGCUCUUGCAAGAAAAGCCUUCAUGUUCAACCCUUUAGUGCUGUAGGUGUUUUUUAGCUGCCAUUCAAAUGCAGUAUCUCUUUUUAUCUUGUGUUGUUUUUCCUGGAACGUACCAAAGCGUACCAUUCGCCAUUUUCUUGCAGGGUUAUUUACUUAAUCUGAUUCAUAAUGAUAUAGGUGUAUCUCCAUAAAUAAAAAUAUGAUGAAAAACUUAUUUUAUUUAACCAAAUACCGUCAAAAUGGGAAUUAAUAUAGUUUCAUUGCAGGCACAGUCAAUAUUUCAUCAUUACAACUUGUUAAUUACAAUAAUUAGGGCUUAAAGCUAAUGAAAAUCUAUUUAUAUAUUUCAUAAAUACAUUUUUUUAAAUAGUAUUUUUCAUAAAGAUAUUAUACCUCAACCUCCACAAGCAGGAUAAGCCAUAAAAUGUUACUGCUAAAGAACCAGGCUUUUCCCUGUGCUGUAUGUAAGCAUAUCAUAAAGGAAAGUUUAGUAGAAGGAAAAAGUGUGGUAGAAAAAGCACACAACAAUUCCAAUAACUGCAGCCUUAAGUGCAUAACAGAAAUAAAGGCUUGAGUCUUAAAAAGUUUUAAAUUUAAUAAUUUAACUUUUAGGUCUCAAAACAAAAAUAUAUAUGUCCAGAUUUUGCAUUAUGGGUCUUAAAUUUAAUUUAUUUAUGUAUUAAAUUUGCAAAUAUAUGCUUCUUCCUCUGAUUAUAAUUUAAAAAAAAUCUUUUUGUGAAAUGCUUUUGUAGCAAUUAUUUGUCCCAUGUAUUGUAGUUCUGGAUAGGGAAUUAGGUUGUUGUUAUGCUGUAACACUUGAUUCAGCUUUCAGCCUUUCCCUAAAAAAUGAAAGAUACCUGCUUGUGAAACUGGCUUAUAGUUGUUAGUUCUUUUAACCUUAUUCGCUACCAGCUAAUUGGUCAUGGAAAAGUGUAUAUUUGACAAGGUCUGGCUUGAAAAACGUAGAUUUCGAUUGUUUGCUAAAACGUUUUGUGUAUAAAUAUUGAGGGUUAGUGUGUAAAAGGUGUUAAAAGUGGGUAACUUAAGGACAAAAUGAAUAAAAACACACAACAAAAACAAAAAAUACCAAGAUAAGUUUAUAAAGAUACAUGUAACUUAAAUGACUAAUUAAGCUAAGUUUAAGUUAUUGAGUAUGUAAAGUAUUCAUUUGAUAAGUUCUUUUUAUUAAUUUAUGUGGGUCUUAAAUUUAAACCAUAAUGGUCUUAAAAAGGUCUUAAAGUCUUAAAUUGAAGUUACUGAACUAGAAAUCCUGUAUGUGAUUAAUCUAUAUAAAGAGUUUCCCUUUUUGAAUUUAAUCACUAAAGUAAAUUAACUUUUUGAUGAUAUUCAAAUUUAUUGUGAUGCACCUGUAAAUAUUGUCUGUUGGCUGCACAGCAAAAAUAAAUAGCAGGUUAGCUCUCAGGUGACCAGUAAGGGAGGGGGUUAGACCAGCAGACUUGAUGUAACCAUGGUGACCGGGGGUUAGAUGAGAGCGUUGAGUGGAUAUAUUUUGAAAUUAAUCCCUUUCUCUCUUUUUUUCCAACUUGCCUUUUUGAGGUUUGAUUCUCAGGUUUUGUGUUAUUGAAUGAUAGCAAUAUAUCAGCUGCCACUAGAUGGCGACAUUUACACACUUAUUUUUGCAUUUUCUCAUGUAAAACUCAUCCACAUCUGUUUUUUUAAGUCUCAUAAUCCCAGCAAUAAUCCUUUUUUUUUUUUCAAUUUAUCAUCUUAAAAAAAAAAAAAAGAGAGAUACUGCAUUUAUGAAUGCAUUAUUUUAGUUUUUUUGAUCCUUGUCAGGCAUCCAUAUUUGUAGUAAUCCCAUCAGUCAGGGUGGGAUUGAGUGUUAAUGAUGUCAGCUCAGACGUGUGUGCGGACGGUUGUGAAUCUGCAUAAGGAACACAAGCCAGAGAGGAGGCCAUGGAGCUUUAAGCUGCUCUUGGUUUUCACCAACCAUAUAUCUCAGUGUUAAUCCUGUAUAUAAAUGUAAAUGCAAUGUGAUCCGUUUUCCGUCUUCUUUCGUUAAUGUGUCGCACAGCUCCGACAAGCUGCCGAGUGGUUGGGCAGGAGGAUGUAAUCCUUAUAUCAGUAUUGAACACUACUGCAGGAACGUGAAUCUUGAUUAAAUGUGCUCGAGAGCUUUAAAAUGCUCCAUCUACCUUCUUUUCUGUUUACGUACAUGUAAAGUAACCUCAUGUAAUCUGAUCGAGCUGAUAAUAACAUUCGUCUUCUCUGGCGUCUAUUCUGUGAAGAACGAUUGUCAUGAAGUUUUAAUUUAAAUGUGAUCUUUUUAUUGUUGUUUUUUUUUCUCCUCUUUGUAGCUGGCCUACACAAUUAUUGAAUUAAUUUAUUUGGAAUGAGUCAUCAGGAGUAGUUUUCUUUUUCAUUUCAGGCAGCUUCAGAAAUGUCGUGACCAACAGUUUCUCCUUUUGAAGGAAGCACAAUGAAUGGGUGUGAGAAGGAGGGCAGCAUUUGUGUGGAUGAACAAAAGCGCAACAAUAUCACUGUUUGACCCUCUAGAAGGACCACUCAUGUUUUAGAUUUAUCAUUGCAGUUUAAAGUUUUGAAUAAGUAGUUAGCAGAAUCAAGUGUUCCUCCAGCUUUUUCCAUCCUCUGGUUGGUUGUUAGAAUUACAGCAGGGUAGAUGAGCCCCAGGGAACAUGUCAGGAGCCAAUUAUUUCUGUACUUUUGCAGCGAUUCCUUCACAUUUGUAAUCAAAAUCUAAAAUACUUCUGUCUGGAUUUCUGUGAAAUUGCUACAUCAUUCCUUUUAGCAAACAUCUGUUUCUUUGUUUCUCUCAUUUCCAACCCUCUUCCCUGUUGAAUGGCAUUAUGAUCAACCAAUCCUGUAAUUUUUCUGUAUUAUUCAGUGUACAGUGCAAUAGGAGAAUAAAAUCAAAGCAAAGAAAUUGCAUGGAAUAAAUGCUCAUGUACUGUACCAAGAA